CAGGUCCUUGUGGGAACUGGAUCCAGAACAAUGAAAAUAAUUAAAAUAAAAUCUCUGAAGAUCUAUGCGUUUGGUUUUUAUGUUCAUCCUUACUCUGUUUGCAAGAAAUUGGGGUCAAAAUAUGCUUCUAUUUCAGUAGACGAACUAAACAAACGCCAUGAUUUUUAUGAGGAUCUUCUCAGGGCGGAUAUUGAUAUGACAGUUAGGCUUGUGGUUAGUUGCAAUGGGAUGAAAAUCAAUACUGUGAGAGAUGCCUUUGAGAAAUCCCUUCGAGCCCGAUUGGUGAAGACAAACCCAGAGACUGACUUCCAUUGCAUAACAACAUUCCGUUCAAACUUUACACAAGAUAUUCCGUUGCCAGCGGGAACAACAAUUGAUUUUCAACGAACAGCUGAUGGAAAAUUAAUUACCAAAAUUGAAGGUAAUCAGAUUGGAGCAGUCCACAGCAAGGAUCUGUGCAGGGCUUUCUUUGACAUGUACCUCGGAGAUCUACCUGUGUCGGAGCAAAGUAAAGAAGAGAUUGGCAGAAAUGUUGCUAAUAUUAUUAGACGUUGCUGAAAUGGUUCAUUUGUCUCCAUUGCCUCACUUUUUUAAAAGGGCAAGUGGUUGUUGAUGCGGCGAAACUGCCUGCUGCUUAGCUGUAUUAUCCAUUCGAGUGCACUCAAGCUCAACAGUGUCGGAUGUCAAAGACGUCAAUGUGGCCGAAAAGCAUUACAAGGGCAAUCAGUGAGCUUGCUGCAAAAGAUUUAAGGCUUGGCUGGGGUCUCAUGGCCUCUUAGAAUAGUUUUCUUGUUAGUGUGCCAUUCUUUGUAGCUAUUUUCUGGUGAUUUGCAUAUGAUAGAUUUACAGUCCCUACAAAUCAUCAGGUUCCAAGUGUAGCAACUGCAAGUAUAAAUUGCAUACGAACAUCUUUUGGUUUAACAGUAUA